AUGCAAGCCUUCGUCGCCUCCACAAGUGGUGAGUCGCAUGCCCGCUCGCCGCCGCCCGUAAGUUCACACAUAGAAUAUUGUCCGUUGCGCCACCUUCCUUACGGUGUCGUCCGUCCAACGAAGCAGAGGCGACGCCGCGCUGUGGCCACGUUGCGUUCAAUCAGUAAUCGCUCAGUGCCGGACUCGUUCCUGACACCAUUCACGCGAGUCCUGCCACGUGGCUGUAUUCGCAACUGUUCCCUAUGCUUUGGAGGCGUGGAGCACGCCGCGUUGCUCGCUACGUGGAAACCUGUCGCCGACAAUGGCGCCGUUAUCAGUGCUUUUGGCCGCGAUAAGAGGGCGCACGCAUCCGCCGCCAACAUGCGCUGCAUGUUUCCUCUUUCGGUAGCGCAACUGCACGCUUCCUCGCCGGACUAC